AUGACUAUCAGCAAUAAAAAAAGGCAGCAAUUACAGGCUCUUGAAAAGGCCAGGGCCAAUCAAAAACGUAUAAAAACAGCUCAUUUUGACAAUGAAGACAACAACAACAAAAGUGUAUUCAAGCCACUGGACUUGUACAAUGACUCUGAGACAUCACUCUGCAGACUAGGAGUGGAUGUAGUCUAUAUAGCCCCUGACCCCUGUGGCUCCGAACUGGAUCAUCCUCCAGCUUAUCCCAAUUCCCCCAAUUCUUUUGACUCUGACUCUUCUGAUUCUGAAGGAGAUUCCGACUCUGGCUCUAGCAGUGGAGAACUCCCAUGGGAACUUAGUUAUUACCGCCCACCAACUGUUGCCCAAGCGCAGACAGCACUUGCCACACUUGAUUCUGCACGCCGGACCCAACUUCCAUCAGGUGGAUACAAGUACAAAGACCUGGACCGGAUCACUGCUGAGCGAUACACUGCAAUACAAGCCUGUCUGAACCAAUUCCUUGAGGCUGAGCCAAAAGGAAAGAAAUUUAUUCAGGCAUCCAAGGAUGCAGCACGUUGGUGGAACGUAUCCACACUGGAGGAUGAGGAUGUGUCAUCUGCAAUCAGGCUUCACUUACAGAAAGCUGGGAAGUUGGCGGGUGCACAGGAUGUGGUGGACUUUCUGUCUGAUCCAGAGGUUUGGAAAACACUGGACAUCAAGAAAAAGAUUAGUCUUCGAACAGCACAACGCUGGCUCUCUCGGGCUGGUUUUUCUUGGCGAUCUGAACCUGUGGGCCAAUACUUUGACGGUCACGAACAACAAGAUGUAGUUGAAUACCGGCAAAAGGUAUACAUACCUUUCCUGAAGAAAAUCGAGCGGCGGCGAAUAAUUUAUAAUCGGGAUGGUGUUGAAGAUCCUACACGUCCAUUGCGAUUACUACCUGGCAAGAAACCCAUUAUUUUGUGGUUUCACGACGAGACAAUUUUUUACGCAAACGAUCGUCGUAAAGUUCGAUGGGUCUUUGUUGGAGAAAGCCCAGUACCACACAAGAAAGGAGAGGGGUGUAGUUUAAUGGUGGCCGACUUUGUGUGUGCAGAGUUUGGGUGGUUGCGUGGACCGAAUGGUGAAUCUGCGAGAGUAACAAUGUUUCCCGGGGGCGACAAAGAUGGAUGGUUUACAAACGACCGUGUCAUUCUUCAACUAGAGGAUGCUGUCAAAAUUGUCAACGAACACUUCCCCCAGUUCACUCACAUAUUUGUGUACGACAAUGCUCCUUCGCACACGAAACGCUCGCUUUCCUCACUUUCCGCUUAUGGAAUGCCCAAGGGUCCGCUUCUGGACUGGCCUUACUACAAGGACAAGGACGACAAACGCGUGUUUGUGAGAAUGGAGAAUGGUUUUCUCCCAGACGGCUCACCCCAGGAGUUCUAUGACCCAAACAAACCCAAUCGUUUCAAGGGAAUGUCGUGGAUUCUUCGAGAGCGCGGUCUCGGUCAUCUUGCCGAUUUGAACGCAGUUUGCACGAAGGGAUGUGAACCAGGGAAGACUGACUGUUGCUGUCGUCGGGUAAUGAUGAACCAGCCAGAUUUCAAUAAUCGUGAAUCAGGCUUACAAGAGGCUGCUCGAGAGCUGGGAACUGAAGUGGUAUUUCUCCCAAAGUACCACUGUGAGCUGAGUAUGAUAGAGCAAGUCUGGGGAUACGCAAAAAGAGACUAUCGAGAUAAUCCCCCUAAUAGUAGCUCAAAAAAGUUGAAGGAGAACGCACUAAAGGCAUUAGAAUCACCCCCAAUUUUAUCGAUGCGCAAGUUCGCUGCUCGUUCUCAACGUUUUGCCGAUGGAUAUGACCAUGGUAUGGACGGGUCCCAAGCUGCUGCGUGGGCUACAACGAUAUUCAAACAUCACCGAGAGACCCCAGCACAUAUUCCGUACGACGAGAUUGCUCCUAACUAUGUACAUACAACAAACAAUUAA